AGCACCCCUCGCCCUUCGUUUCUGCACCUCAGCAGUGUGCGUGCCUGACGUUCGGGUUUUGCCAUUGAUGCUGACUUUUCUUCCCCGCAACGCUGCUGCGCUGACCAUCGCUCUUCCUCACACCUGCCACCCAGCACCGAGCACCGUUCUCACGAUCCUUUUCGCUCAUCUUUCUCUUUCGUUUUUCAACGUUUCUGCUUCUCUUUUCAACACGCGGUUGAUUGAUCCUGCGUCGUAAUGAGGGAUCAAAUAACCAGAGCAAAUCAAAAUCGAAAGAAGAGCCAGCAAUAAUGAUUCUCUACUCCUGCUUCACUCGCCCGUGUUCUUCACACACGCACACGCGCUGAAAAUACGACCAUUCAAAUUAGCUCAAUGGCUGACCAGGCCAUCGCUUUGUCAUGGAGCGCGUGAUGGAACGCCCCCCAGCUAUGCCCGUGGGCCUCUGUUCCAGACGAUUGCGACCGACGCCAUGCCCUCGCGGUGACGCAGCGCGGGUGCCCGGCCCUGAUACAUGUGUACGAGCGCUGCAGCGUGGAGCAGAGGGCGACGCUUUCGAGGCCGCUGCUGCCGCACCUUGUGCUUUUGGCGAAGGACCGCUUCGCCAAUUACCUCGUGCAGCGAGUGCUGGAGCUGGGUGGCCCUCGUGCGACGGAGGGGUACUGCCUGGCGCACCUGCGCGGCCACCUCGUGGAGCUCAGCGUAGACAAGUACGGCAGCAAUGUCGUGCAGACGGUACUGCUUGUGUGCGAGGGCUCGUGUGCGGUGCGGAGGCUGGUGGCGGCGGAGCUGGUGUUCGACACCCGCGCGCUGCACUCGCUGGUGUGCCAUCCGUUUGGGAACUUUGUUGUCCAAACGGUUGUUGCGACUGCCGGGACGGUAGCGGAGCUGCGUGAGCUGGAGGCGCUGGUGCUGCGGGAGGUUCCGGGGUCUCCCUUCGCCACGAACAUCGCGGCGAAGGCAACGUCGCGCUACGUGGUGCUGGCGCCUGCGUUUCGGCCGCGUGCGCGCGCCGCCCAGGCGAGGCCGUCCCGCCGCGGGACUCGCCCGCCGGCCCACCUCGAGGAGCGCUACGCGCCCGUUGCGACGGCGCGUGCUGCGGAAUGCGGUGUGAGCGCGGUGGGUGACCCGGAGCCGCGUGCGUGGCCGAACGUGCCCGUUGUGAGGUGUGGUGCGUUCACCUACCGCCACGACCCCUAUCGGUUUAAGAUGAUGCACUAUGGGUAACGUGUGCCCGUUAGAUCUGCACACUUUGCGAGGGACCUCCCGUUCUUGCCUCCUCUUCACCCCUCAAUAAUACGUGGGUCAAACCCCCCUUUCGCGUCUUAGAAUAUUUUCUUGGAAAGUAUUUCCCCUAGAUGCUUCCCACCGCCUCCUAGAUCCACUCCCUUCGUGUUCUCUCUCCCUUUUUUUCGUUGCGUGCGUGGCGGAUGCUGCGCGAGAACCAUCGUUUUAUGCGGCUCGUGUUUUGCGCGCAUCUGCGCCACUUCUCUCUUCUCCCUCGAUUGUUUGGGAGGCGCGCGAUUUCAUGUGUGCUUUUCCUUUUCCUUUUCUGCUCCAUACUUAUGAUACAGUGACGGGGUCGUCUUCGGCUGUUUCUCCAGCUCCCCGAGACCCCCUUGUUAAUCUUUUUUGCUUCUUGUGUUUUGUACGUAGGGCGUUGUGCUUGCUUGGUGAGGCCUUAUUCUACUCCUGCCACUUGCCGCUUUUCUCUAGUUUCGCGGUUGGGUGCUCCGUGGCAACUGUUCUCGCCCGCACCCUCCUGCCUUUCUCUAUCUCGUUUUUGUAAGAGAACCCAGAAAUGACGCGCAUGGAAAAAGCGAAGUGAAUGCAGUGAGCUGCUGCGCGGACACGCCAGAUGCACGGCGUCCUUGCUGUCCAGCUGCGGUGUUAAGGUUGAUCUUCACGUCUUUCCACUUGGGUGAAGCGGGCCAGCUCGUGUGUUCGACGCACUGCCCUUCUUGUUUUAUUGCAGAACAACAAGGUGGCAUUGCGUAUGUUGAGCAGCGCCCGUUGCGCUGCCGCAUCACGACACGACUUCUGUGGAGGACCGCCUUCCUUUGCAGUGGGUGCUGCAUUUUCCACUUCCUUCCCUGGCUCUUUUCUCUCCUCUUCCUUUUUUAGCUGGCAUCUGGCGGUAGAGUGCGAUGUGCCGUGAAGGCAGCGGCGAACGGGUGCGUACCACGACGUGUGCGUCACAUGUGUUUGUGCUGUUAAAUGGCCUGGAGCCGCUCAGUGAGCCGCAUCUGCACGGCCCGAGGAGUUCAUUAAGCGCUGAGGUGUGCUGAAAUGUGCUACUGGCCUGCCGUGAAGCCGUGCAAUUUGUGCCCCGUUUACGGCGACGCCGGAGACUUAUUGGAAAGUAGGCUUCAAUGGAGUUGUUGCUGACUGCUAUAACUCUGUGCUCUCCCCUCUCUAUCGGGCUUCUCUUGUGGGUGUUAUGGUUGGAUCGUGAGGGCGACGGCACUGCGUCAGGGACUUUCGGCUCUCAUGAAUACCCCCGCGUGUACCCGGCGACUUUUGCCAGUUAUCAUCGGUGUGGUUUGCGCUGUGGGUGCUGUGCUCCUUUGAGGGUGUAGGAGAGAAGAUGAUCCGCUUCCGUUUUCGGUUGGGUCGUACGUGUUCACACGCUUUUCUCAUGCGAGAGGAUGCUGUGAUCUCUGCCGCUUCCUUAACGCUGGUUUUUCUGUGCUUAAUCGUUUCGUCAGCCAUUGUGGUUGCCGCGUGUAUUUGCUUUGUAUCUCAGUGCGGUGUGCCUGCUCUGCUUUUUGACGGCGGACGCAGAGGUGCUUUUCAGCGUGUACCUUCCGUUUCCGCUUGGGGUCUCACAGCGAGAGAAAGGAAUGGAAACGAAAGUUGUGACGCACGUGCGUCUUUGGCCCAUCGUGUGGGAUGAGCCGACGCAUGGUCUAGCGAAGCGGGGCGUGUCUGACCUCUCUGCUGUGCCGUGGAAACAACAACUACUACAACAGCAAAUAAAAAGAGCGCUUUCGGUAAGGAAAUGGUGUAUUAAAGGGGAAAUGCGUUUCUUGGAGUUUUGAACAGGGUCGGAAGAACAUUUGCGAUGGAAUACACUACCGUUUGGCGUCUCGGAUUCGGUUGAAUGUAUUGUCUCCGAUGACGGCGCUGUUGGCGCUGAAGCACUUCAGAAGAUCCUACGCCUCUUCUCGCCUGCGUGUGCCUGCGCGGAGAGACACGGACGCGAUAACCUUCUCUAACAGCAGCAACCGAAACUAAAAGCACACCUGCUGACAUUCGAAACGAUUGAUCCUGCACGAGGUGUGCGUGUUGUACCUCACACAUCUCUUUUUUUUUUUCUCUCUCUACACACACAUGCCUUCCACGGAGUCGAUGUUGCGCGAGGCAGAAGCGGCGCUUUUUCAUGCUGCACAAGUUUCAUUUCGAAGCGUGCAGGCGGUUUACCCGGAACAAUACCGUGUUAGCCUGGUCUUUGACGCCGCUCAAGAACAGGAGCUGUGCCUUUCCCUCGAUCAAGCUGACCUUCUCCGAGUUGUGGAAGCGUGCGAGGUGAACGCGGCGAGGCUGCGUGAUCUAACAGCGCAAUUGCACAAGGAGUGGGUGAUUGUGUCAAGUCUUUCGACAACGCCGCACCUCGCCGAUCGCCGCUGCACGUCCGCGCAUCUGGUAUUUCUCGAAACUCAGUUGUCGGCUUUGAUAGCGAUUCACGCCACCGCUGCUCAAGCGCAGGCGCAGAGCCUGGAGAAACACCAGCGCGAGCUCGAUAAUCUGCGCGCGCUCUUCGACGAAGCGUGUUCCUCCUAUGGCGUGGUGCAGGAGGCGGUGGUGUCUGCGGCGAAGGAGUGCGCGCGACUGCACCGUCGGGGACAGGCGCAACGGAGCGUCACAGCGUGGGAUGCGACGCCCCCAGCAACUUCAUCAGCGGAGGCGAGCACCGCAACGCGCCGCGCCGUUCUCACGCAGGGGUUGUGGGACACCUAUCAGCACCCCACGCAGAUCGCACCCAUUCCUUUCUUGGAUGACACGACGAAAAACGUGCCAAAUGAAGGAAACAAAACAUCUGCAAAUCUCGCUUCCUGCAACGGUGUGAAAGGCGUGAGUCCCGGCGCUGUUUCGCGCGACAUGCAAUCACACGCAGGGCGCCUCCUCGCGCCGCGUUUACGCCGGGAUGAUGAUAGAGGUGCAGCUGUGGUAGACGGCGGUGGCCAGCGUGCCCCACAGGCGUCGUCAGGCGAUGUCGCAUCGCUGGAAAAGGACAAACAUCAAUCCUCCCCCCCUCCGCUCUUCCCAAACCGCGACUAUUCGCGUGACGUUCCUUCGAACGUGGAGCAGAGGGCUCUUUUGCGAAGACGAGUCGCCAAGCGCGACGCUGUUGGCUGCAGCGCUGCGCAAAUAGACUCCUCCCCGUCUGACACGGCGUCGCUGGGCCGUAGUGAUGGCCGUUUCGUCCGCAAGUCACCGAAGGUCUUUGCCCAGACACAAACAGCUGAUGACGAGAUGCACAAUACGCGGGGGAGCGUACGCAGCCGCCUGCCACCCUCACUGCCAGCGUUUGGAAAGUACAGCCCAAGCGAGUUCCCUCAUUGUGCCGAUUCCCUUGAACCGCCUUUGAACCAGCAUGUUGGGUAUGCUACGCCGGCACGGUCUCUGGGAAACGACGCAGAGGACGAAUGGCGCGUGCGUCUUGGGGCGAUUCAGGCGAAGCUAUCACGCAGUCUACGGCAGUCGCGCGCAAAGGAUGUGCAGCACGGAUGCGCCUCCGUCCCCCCCAACCCGCGUGCGUUCAGUACAGCAGAGCCGUACUGUUACGCGUCUCGACUGCCCAUGGCGACAGCAGCGGAGCACACGAACAACGCGACUGCAUCGUCACUUUCGCCUCUCGCGUCUCCUCGCAGAAAGGCCACGCUUCAGGUGAGGUUUUCACCGCCAUCUACAACGUCGGAUGUACGCAGAAGGGGCGAACUGCUGCGCCGCAACGACUGCACGAACCACGCAGAAACUCACGAAGGGGUGGCGUUACGGCUCUCCCUUUCUGUCGCUGGCGCUACGCGGAAUGCGGCCAGGAGUGCGUCCUCAAAGCACUUUCAGCAAUCUUUCAUUCCUCACAGACACAGGCAGAUCGUGAACGCGGCAUCGUUGCAACACAUGAGCAAGCAAAUCAGGAGCGCUAUUGCCAAUCUUCUCUUGGAUAGCGAUCAGCGUUACUGA